AAUAAUUUCAAGCAGGCAUCAACAAUCGCCCCCUUUAAGUUUUCCCCACGUUUUUUUGGGUGGAAUGAUGUGAAGUCGGGAGCACAUUUUAGCCAUAGGGAGAAACUGUUUUGACGGCUGCACGCCUCUCGCUAAUAAGCAGAAGGAUCAUUAAAUAAAUAUAUGCCUGAUUUGAAAGAACGCAGAUCCUUCUACAGCUGCACGGCUCUGGUUGAGAAAAGCCUCCCUAAUCUCUAUGUGCAUUUGAUUUUCGCAGGCAAACACACCGAUUUUAAACUGAGCUGGCUAUUGAGAUUGUACAGACAGAACUGUGUGUAAACGUUGUCACAUUUAAGACAGUAUCUGUUUUUCUACAUCUUGAACUGGAUGGAAACACAUGCUGAAACUUUACUUUCCUCUGUGACAACUGUACAGCAUCUUCUGGUGGGAGAGGGAAUCAGUGCAGAGAUACCCAGAAAGCAUUUGGUGGCACAUUUCUGCGCUCUGUUGUCUCUAUCCUUAGUACUAUCCAGCGUUUUAUAGAAACUGCAAACACUGUAUUAGCAAAUCUGAACACAUGGAAUGCGCAUAUAAACAGCUGUAAAGAACUGGCUGUGCUUUGUGAGACUUGGAUCAAGCAAAACAAUAUUAAGGAAACUGCACUCUUUAGGGCUGAAAAUUACAGAAAGUUAUCCUAGAGCUUUGCUGAUUUAUAGCUUUGAGUGAAUCUGCAACUGGAAUACUGGGUGCAAAUAAUACUGCUGGAAUUAUGCUAUCUUGCUGGGACGCUAAGGGGAGUGGUAUUCAAAGACUAUGAGCUCAUUGGAAAGGUGCUGUUGAGAAAAGAGAUAUUGCAGGGAUUAGUACAUAUAUUCUGGAUGAGAAACUGAAAUAUUUAUCGGCAGAAUGAAUGAAUAAACGUUUUCCUCGUUGCUCAGGGAGCUACAUGUUUAGCAGAAUACAUUGCCAUGGCGCUAGAAAAAACGCCGGAUAAUUCUGGUGCUACCAGAAAAAAUCCUGCGAGCUUCCUGGAUCUAGGUGCACUCUGUCUGGAUUCGGAUAUUAUAUUUGGCUUUACCAGUCAUCUCUUGAAAAGGAGGGCUAAGGCAACCGAGGGGUGUGUGGUCGGUGAAGUGCCACAGAUUGCUGAGCUCGCUCCACGACGGAGACUGCAGUCGGGUGUGGAAGGUCAGUCCCACUGUGGCAGGCGACCUGCUCCAGAGGGAGCCGGAGCAGCCUCCAUCACGGAGCCCAGCCACUUCGAGAGGACGCACAAGGGGACCUGGUGUCAGCACUGUCAGAUCAGAUUAGCAGAACUUAAGAAACAAGCACUAAAACUGGCCAUCCCUGGAGCUUUAAAGGACCCGGGAUAUUCAGCUUUAAUUUUCAACAAGCUUCAAGUGCCUGAUUAUUCCCAAAAGGGCCACAAUGAAGGGGAAAGUCGGUGUGAGGUUUGUGCUACUCAUUUAAAUCAGCUGAAGCAAGAAGUCAUUCACAUGGUUCAGAUGCCCCACCCAACAUCUGUUCAAGCUGUGCCGGACUGUAUUCAAAGUUCUGUAACUGUGGCUAAAGCUGCACCUAGGCUAACUGCACAGAACAUGCUCACAUUGUCAUCUCCGAGAGACUGGUCUGUGGUUUCUGGACAGGUGGGGCAACAGCCUGAGAAAUCAACAAAUCUUCUGCCUGGAACAGACAGGAGGAAAGGACUUGAAUGGCCUCAAGGCAUGGGCAAUUUUCCAAAAUCUAGUGUUCAAGUAACUGUAGCUCCCAGCGGUCUCAGUAGCACUCUGAGUUCUGUUACUAUUCAGGCCCAACAGUACCUCGAGGGCAUAUGGAGUAUCUCAAGAGUGAACAGCUUUCUUCCACAAGCAUGUCUGACUCAGACAACGACAGCAGAGGGAGUGAGAGAAGGUGCCUGUAAUGAUGUGCCUCCAGUACAGAACAAUUGUGGUGAACCUAGAAUGAACAGCACAUUAGUAUCACAGUCUGGACAUGCCAGUGUCGCUUCAGGGCCCUCAGCAGCAGCCUCGUUUUUUAUCAGAGCAGCCCAGAAACUGAACCUUUCGUCAAAACGAAGGAAACAUCACACACCUCUGCCACAUUGCGAGUCAUCUAUCUAUGCUACAAACUUCAGUGGUAUCCUGCAAGUCUCCCCUCCCCCGGUGCCACCAUGCCUUUUGAGAGCCAUGUCAAAGGUCAAAGACAACCCAGGCAUUGGAAAGGUGAAGGUCAUGACGAGAAUUUGCUCUUCCCAAGGGAAUCAAGAUACAUCAGAAUCCAUGUCCUUUUUGAAAGUCGACCCUCGGAAGAAGCAGAUUACCCUGUAUGACCCCUCUGUGAAUGGACAUUCAAACUCAGGUCAUAAACGAACUGUUGCUGCUGCUGUCCCCAAAAUAUUUGCCUUUGAUGCAGUUUUCUCACAAGAUGCAUCCCAAGCUGAAGUGUGCUCUGGAACAGUAGCAGAAGUAAUCCAGUCUGUUGUGAAUGGUGCAGAUGGCUGCAUAUUUUGCUUUGGUCAUGUCAAGCUUGGUAAAACAUACACCAUGAUUGGGAAUGAUAGCUCCACCCAGAGCCUUGGUAUAAUUCCCUGUGCAAUUUCAUGGCUCUUCAAACUAAUCAAUGAACGUAAAGAGAAGACUGGCACCCGCUUCUCUGUCCGAGUAUCUGCUGUGGAGAUUCACGGGAAGGAUGAAAACCUGAAGGACUUGUUAUCUGAAGUAGCUUCUGGGAGCCUCCAGGAUGCUCAGUCCCCUGGGAUUUACCUUCGAGAAGACCCCAUCUGUGGAACACAGCUGCAGAAUCAAAGCGAAUUAAGGGCCCCAACAGCUGAAAAAGCUGCUUUUUUCCUUGAUGCAGCCAUUGCAGCCCGAAGUACCAGCAGACCCGACUGUGAUGAGGACGAGAGAAGAAAUUCACACAUGCUGUUCACUCUUCACAUUUACCAGUAUCGAAUGGAAAAAAGCGGCAAAGGAGGAAUGUCAGGGGGACGCAGCCGCUUGCAUCUUAUCGAUUUAGGAAGCUGUGAAAAGGUGCUGAGUAAGAGCCGAGAUGGGGGUGGUGGACUCUGCCUCUCUUUGACUGCUCUAGGAAAUGUAGUUUUGGCUUUAGUGAAUGGAGCUAAGCAUGUUCCCUACAAAGACAGCAAGCUAACUAUGCUGCUCAGGGAAUCGCUUGGGAACAUCAACUGCAGAACAACCAUGAUUGCCCACAUUUCUGACUCUCCAGGAAAUUAUGCAGAAACCCUCACAACUAUUCAGCUUGCAUCACGAAUCCUUCGUAUGAGGAAGAAAAAAUCCAAGUAUGCAUCAAGUUCAUCGGGUGGAGAGAGCUCAUGUGAAGAAGGACGUAUGCGAAGGCCGCCUCACCUGAGACCUUUUCAUCCAAGGACUAUUGCCCUUGAUCCUGAUCUUCCCGCCCUAAGCAUAUCAAGUGAUCCUGACUAUUCGUCAAGUAGUGAGCAGUCAUGUGAUACUGUGAUUUACGUUGGCCCCAAUGGUGCAGCUCUUUCUGACAGAGAACUGACAGACAAUGAAGGGCCCCCAGAGUUUGUACCUAUAAUUCCAUCACUUAAUAGAAAAAGAAGCAAAGACCGUUCUGCAUCUGUCAGUAGCUCAGAUAAUGACCACUUAAAAUGCAACACAUUUGCAGAGCUGCAAGAACGUCUGGAAUGUAUCGAUGGAAGUGAAGAGCCUGCAAUAUUUGUUUGUGAAGAAGGAACAACAUUCACGUCAAACUGCAGUCAAGUACAAGGAAGACUGGAUAAUGUGCAAUCUAAGUCACUUAAGGAGACAUCAUCUUCUCCUGGAACAUAUGCAAAAUCUGUUUCUCAAGAAACUGUGUCUCCCAAAAGGGGGCAAAAUCUAUGUUCUCAGGCUAGCUUACUGCAGGGCACAAGGCCUCAAACAAGUAACACUCCUCAGAGUAUAACUGAACAUUCCAAAUUGAAAACCAAAGCAGACACAAUUAAAGUAAAUGUAGGUGUUGAUGAUGAAAGAGAGACAAUCAACGAUUCUUGGAAUGCAUUAAAAGCAGGUGUUUCCAAACCUUUAGGAAAAACAGAAGUGGUUUCUGAACCUGUGGUUAGAGAAAAAUCAUUUUUGAGUAAAAGACCAUUGCCAAGUCCUGCACCCCCUCCGCCACAACAUAAAGAGCAUUUUGUUGAAUCCCAAAACGUUUUCAGUGAACUUGAUACUGACAAUAAAAUUAGGACUCCUCCUGUAGGAAUGAGCAGUCACAUGUCUGGAAGACAUGAGCAGAGGCCGUUGGGAUGUAUUUCAUCAGGUUGCCGGAGUAGUCAAAGUCAACCUGGUGCAGUAGGGGUGAGCAACUUCCGGUCAAUAGUGAGAGACAAAUGCUUUGACAGAGACAUAUUGACCACUACUGUGACUUUGCAGCAGCCUGUGGAGCUCAAUGGAGAAGAUGAGCUCGUUUUCACAGUUGUAGAGGAACUGUCCUUUGGGGGAAUUUUGGAUAGUGGGCGACCUGCCAGCCUCAUUAGCUUUAAUAGUGAUUGUUCACUUCAGGCCCUUGCUUCAGGUUCCCGUCCUGUAAGUAUUAUUAGUAGUAUUAAUGAUGAGUUUGAUGCUUAUACCUCACAAACAGCCGCUUCUGGUGUUAAUAUUGACAUUGUUGUGCCACUUCCAGACGAUCUGUUUGCUAAUGGUAGCAGACGGUCAUCUAUCAGUUCCUGGCUCAGUGAAGUAAGCAUCUGUACUAUAGAAAGUGAUGGAGCACAAUCUUGUGAUAGUUUUGUUGCACAGUCUUGCUAUACUUGUGAAGGAGCUGGAAAAAUAUUUCAUCUGCAGUCUCCCAAUGUGCUGCACGAGACAUCUGCAACAGUGACUCCUUGUGCAAAAAACUCCUUGAGUGACAGUGGUUUUUGUUUUUCUGAAAUGGAUAGUGAAAGUGCAGAUUCUAGAAAACUUACUUUUAGCAUCAGUCGAAGCCUGCAGACCUCAGAUUCAACCAAAGUAACUGCCAGUUAUGCCAGUAAGAAAACUGCGUUGGCUAAAGCUGCUACAAUACAGCCUUCUCAAGGUGCACUUGUUUCAGAGGUGGUUCAUUCCAGUCUUCCUAGGAAAACAAAACCUACCUCAUCUGCAACCCACAAUAGUAGCACACUGAACUGCAAAGAGCUGCAAAGGCAGGAUGUAACAUUUGGUGAUCCUUGGUUGCUACGAUGUGACAGCCAAAUAGAUGUAAACACUUCAGAUCAGAUGCCUUGUUUUAUAUCUUCCAGUCAGCUGAAAGAGACCAUAAAAUCUGUCCAGAAUUUCAGUAGUGUUCCUAGGCCAGUUAAAUCACAGACUAUGCUUGCAUGCUCUCAGAGGGUCGUAGAUGGUUGUGAGAUGGUCUGUAAAGCUUCCAGUGAAGUGUCAGAAAAAACAUCAUCAAAAAUGCCACAGCUGAAACGUGGAGCCACAACGUUAGGUACAGUCUCAACAGAUUCUACACCCAGAGGAAACUCAGAAGUUCAGUCUGGUACUGGUAGCCUAAAAUCCUCUACUGGGAAAAAAGCAUCCGUCAUGAAAACAAGCUUACCAAGGCCAAAUGGGACAGCACCUCCAGCUCCGCCUGUACGGAAGUCAAGCCUAGACCACAAGAACAGAGUUUUAUUGCAGAAUGCUGCAUCUAAAGCUAGUAUGCCAGAAUCCAGCAAGGUGUCCUCAUCCUCUAAAUCUGAGGAUGAUACAGAUGGGAAACUAAAGAAUGUUACUUGUUUCAAUGAAUGUAGUGCUAGCAACAACAGCAAACCAUUAAAUAGUAAAGCUGACCAUUCGGCUAUUAAAACAAACUCAAGUUUGAAGACAAGGGUUUCCAGGGCUGAAGCUGUACAUCGCUAUGGAAGUCAGACAUCAUUGGAGAGGUGUGAGAGCUUGACAUCUGUUGGGUCAAAAUCCAGCUUAACUAAGGAAAACAAUGCUGCAGUCAAUAAUGGCAGAGCUGGUCGUUCAGUGCCAAAACUUGGUAUGCCUUCUGCUAGCUCUGCAGUUAUAUCUCUACCAUCAUGUCCCAUGUCUGCUGGUAGUAAAGCCAAUCAGCCAAAAUGUGCACCUAACCAAAAGCCUGUACAAAAUGGAAGUAAGAAUCGUGGUCUUUCAGCAAGUAGUCCAAAGUCUCUCAGUUCCUCUGUAAAAUCUCUGGCUCAGCCUGUAAAUAAAACAUCUGGCAUUCCUCCUAAUGGAAAGACCGCACCCCGAUGUGUACAGGGAGUCAAUGGUAAGCCUGGGAGGGGAACUAUUAUGGGAACAAAACAAGCUAUUAGAGCAGCUAACAGUCGUGUUAAUGAGCUAGCAACUGGUAACUCUCCUUGCAAAGCAAUGCAUUUAAGAGGAUCUGCUGAUUCUGAUAGUGGCAAUGACAGUGGUGUUAACCUCAGUGAUGAAAAGUCACAACUUCCAAUGCUACCUUCCCCAUAUAGCAAAAUUACUGCACCAAGGCGACCCCAGCGUUACAGUAGUGGUCAUGGUAGUGACAACAGCAGCGUACUGAGUGGUGAACUUCCUCCCGCUAUGGGACGCACUGCUCUCUUUUAUCACAGUGGUGGGAGCAGCGGGUAUGAGAGCAUGAUCCGUGAUAGUGAAGCAACUGGAAGUGCAUCAUCAGCUCAUGAUUCAAUGAGUGAAACUGGAAUGUCAACUUCAGGACGAGCAAGGACUUCAAGAUCUCCAAAGAAACGAUCUGCAGGUCUCCAGCGUCGUAGGCUUAUACCUGCUCCACUACCCGAUACCUCAAGCUUGGGCAGAAAGCAGAGUAUUACUGGCCAGUGGGUAGAUCUGCCACCUCUACCAGGCACUAUGAAGGAGCCAUUUGAAAUCAAGGUUUAUGAGAUUGAUGAUGUAGAGCGAUUACAACGACACAGACCAGAAGAAACCGAGCAGCCUUUUCAGGAUGUUGAAAAGGGGCUGAUGUACUUCAACACCAAGCUGAAGAUCUUAGAACGGCGCCAACAACAGAUUAAAGACUUAAUGGUAAAGCAUGAGAUGCUGAAGGAAGAAUUGGAGCAGACAAAGGAAAGGCUAAUGAUGGAUCCAAGUAAAUGGCGAGGAGAGUUUGAAGUUGACCCAGAUCUUGAUAAGGAAUCCCAGGAAUACCUUGAAGCACUGGAACAAGUUACGGAGGAUCUGGAGCAGUGUGUUAACCUAUGCAAGUCACACAUCAUGAUGGUUACCUGCUUUGACAUUGGGGUGAUUGCUGACGUACAUGAUGGAGCAAGGGAAGUGGAAGUAUGAGUAGAGGGGAUGUUGAAAGACUGUAGGACGUUAAGCCAUUUUUUUCAUUCAGUGCAGAAGGAUAUGUAGUAUUUGAACAGAAGAAACCAUGGUGAUGAGAUGCCUGCAAGCAGCAAUGAAUGUGGUAGAGGACUUUGUGUAGGUGAUGUAGUAUGUGUCGUGCAUAAUCCAAUAUGGUGCCUCAAUACCUGAAAUGCACAAGAGGUGAACUUAAGAGUUUACAAAAAAGUAUUGAAAACCAAGAAGAUAAUUUUUUUCAAUUUAAAAAAGUGCCUUUAAUACUCAUUUUUUAUAUUAUUUCUGCAUUGGUGCUAACAUUAAGUAAAAACCAGCAUACCUAAGUAAACCCUAAACAUAUUCCUAUAAAAUUAUUUUAUAUUGUACAGUGUAUUUAUAUGAUUGUAUGUAAAAAUCAUUGUAGCAAAAGCAAUAAGUAAAUUAUGAUUUCACACCUGAACUUGCCUUCUUUUGUAAUAGAAAAACAAAUAUGUAUAUUGCAACUAAAAUUCUUCUGUGUACAUUACUUGUUUCAUAUUUCUAAGAGUUUUCCAUUCUGACAUAUUUUGAAAUUUGAUGAAAUACCAGAUUUUUAUAUAUUUUGUUUGUAUAAAGUCUUCUUAAUAUUAAGAUUGUUGCCAUGCAAUUUAUGGUUUUCAUCAGUCUUUGUAAUUAUUUAGCUUCCUGGGUUGCUUAAAUAUUAUUCAUUCUGGUUCAUACCUAUCAAAUUGGUCUGGGUCAUUGCCAAACCUGGGAAGCGUGGCUAACACUGUGCUUUUUGUCUUAUAACUAGAAUGAAAAAAAUUACAUUUAUUACCAAAACCAGUAAGCAAAAAAAAGAGUAUUUUGUAAAUGUUUGGAUAGGCUUUUAUUUUGUAAUAAUCUAUAUAAACUGCUGACAUAUAAGGUAUUAUUUUAUAAUGCUGUUAUCUUUAUACAAUUUUACUGAGGAAGGCAAACUCUCAGGACUUUAUUUAAACAUGCUGCAUGAGACAUGCUUUCUUUUAAUUAAAAGUGUCAUCACUUACUAGUGAUCACUGUUUAAAUAAAUUGUUGCCAAACAUACUUUUAAAAGGUCUGAACAAUACAUUUCAUAAUGAAUCAUGUUUUUGGAUCACUUUGUUUUAUAUGGGUUUUUGCAAAACUGUUGUAUAAAUGUAUAUUAAAACAGCUUGCUUCAACUUUUAUCUGUUAAUAAAUGUUUCUUGUUUUA